AUGGCAAAAUGCCGUGGUUUUAAGCCAGGAGGAGUAGAAAACCCAUACUACUACAAGAGAAAGUUAGUCAAGCCAGAUGGAUCUACAAUCAAAGAAAGACUUCAAAGAUCAACAAGGCCAACAUGGGAAGAAUUAAGAAAAAUGACUAAUAAGACAUCAGAGGGAUUCUGUAAUAUUGAUGAUAACAUUGUUAAAAAUGAUGAAUAUAGAAAAAAACUGGAUAGAACAAGAGAAGAAAAACUAUCAUCAAUGUUGAAUAAUAUUUCAAACAAUAAAAGUAAAUGUUAUAAUAAUAAUAAUGAUAAUAAUAAUACUAAUAACAAUAAUGACAAUUCUGAAAAAUAUUAUAGAGUUUGUGUAGAAAAAAAAAGAUCUCACUCAUUCGAUAGAUCGUCUCCAAAUAAUGAUAAUUUAUAG